GCUCCGCUCACAGCUGUACACUUCCGAUUUUCUGAUCUUGCCCCGCUGUGUUUCCGCUUUUUCCUGAUUUGUGGGCUGUGCUUUUGUAGCCCACCCGCGCGCAGGUCUCGCUUUUUCGCCCUGCCCCAGCCGGCUGGCACUUUUCCCCGCUUUCCUUUUCCUUGCAGCUUUGCGCCGGGCUACGGCCUGGCGCCGCCUUUUUCUGCCUUUCGUUCUUUUUCAUUUUUUUCUCGUCGUGGGCCGCCGAGAUUUUACUUUGCGAAAGCUACUGGGCCCACGGGAAGUCUCUAA